CACAGAACGCUCUCAUCAUCGUAUGGCUUCAAAGCUGCGGUUGACAUAGCAACCAUAGUGUAAUUUUCAUAAUAGGCGCGCUUCCUCGCUAUUCCGAUCAACGGCUAGGAUAACACGGGGAGUCCGUCUCAUUUGGUGGCUAAGGGCGAUGAGCGGACGAUGAUGCAGAUGAAUACAUGAAUUCGUAUAUUGUAAAAAUCAGACACGGAGUACAAAUCUUCGAAUCAAGAUGUUAAUUUCACCAUGAUAAACAAGCAUUCUUCGGUUUCGUGACAAGUCGUUUUCGCGGGAAAAGAUUGCGCUCGCCUGGAAAAGGCGUGAUAAACAUUUUGGCGUCGAGAAAGGAAAUAUCUACGUACUGCUACGUUUCUAAAGAAAGGAGGAAAACAACGACGUGUGUAAUCUAUCGAUUUGUAAUAAGACUUGCAAGAGCGGACAGAUCAAGUUCUGUAUUGUUUUAUACACACCAAUAGCGUAAUAAUGGGUAAUGGAGCCUCAUACAAUAAGCCACGCACCAUUUAUUUGGAUCUUGAUGGGAGGAUAGAAAAGAUCAUCUUCAGUACCCAUUGUGGAUCCAGGGAUAUCCAUGAUCUACUGACCUCGGCUGCCGGUGUGAGUAGAUGGGCAACAAUAGCUCUCAAGGAUCAGCAAGGAGCAUUAGUUUCCAUAGCUCCAACAAUGCCCAGUAACACAACAAGGGAUCCCUACAAGGUGGUUGUCACUCAAAGCCGUCCUGGUGAAGCUCAUGACGAAGUGCUCCAUGGAGUUCUCACUCACGUUUCUGAACAAAUGACAAAGGCUUUUAGGAUCAACGAGAUGAAAGAUGAGAUGCUAAAUCGACUGAACGUGAUGCAGCAAAGAAUCGAAAGCAACGAGCAAGCGGUACCUGAACAGCAAUUGGAGGGCAUGAAAGCCAUAGAGAUUGAGAAAUGUAAGAUGGAGAUAAGAGCAAUCAAGGACGAACUACUUGCAGCAAAAAGCCGCCACGCAAAUUUCUGUAAGUGCACCAUACCAGCCGCUCUGGGGAACGACACACAGAUCGUCGCAAAGCGUGAUGUCCCAAAAUACCCGAAGUAUACGCUUUCAAGGGAGACAAAGGAAUACCUCAAGAAACCCACGUUUGAUAUCUGGCAUUGGGAAUCUAAUGAGAUGUUGUGUCUCCUGGAGCAUAUGUACCACGAAUUGGGUUUAGUAAACGAGUUUCAUAUGAAUCCGAUUGUACUCAGGCGAUUUCUGCUUUGCGUCCAGGAGAACUACCGUAAUAACCCGUUCCAUAAUUUCCGUCACUGCUUCUGUGUGACGCAGAUGAUGUAUGGUAUGAUAUACCUGUGUGAUCUUCAGUCCAAGUUUUGUCUCUCAGACCUUGGUAUCCUUCUCACAGCGGCAGUGUGUCAUGAUUUGGACCACCCUGGUUUCAACAACACGUAUCAGAUCAAUGCUCGUACCGAUCUGGCUAUCCGGUACAACGACAUAUCACCGUUAGAAAACCACCAUUGUGCAGUAGCCUUCAAGAUCAUCAGCAAUCCAGAGUGUAACAUUUUCCGUAACGUACCCGAAGAACAGUUCAAGGACAUCCGGCAGGGUAUCAUCAUGCUCAUCAUGGCAACCGAUAUGGCUCGUCAUUCUGAGAUUCUGGAUCAGUUUAAGGCCCAGGUGGAAGGUGGUUUCGACUUUGAAAACCAGGAACAUCUCAACUAUCUUCGAAUGGUUUUGAUCAAGUGUUGUGAUAUCUCCAACGAGGUGCGUCCAUCUGAUGUAUCGGAGCCGUGGGUGGAUUGCUUACUCGAAGAAUAUUUCAUGCAGAGCGACCGAGAGAAGAUUGAGGGGCUACCAGUUGCGUCAUUCAUGGACCGUGAUAAAGUCACUAAACCAACUGCUCAAGUUGGUUUCAUCAAGUUUGUUCUUAUCCCUAUGUUUGAAGUGGUUGCAAAGCUUUUUACCCAGCUUAACGAUUCCGUUGUGGAGCCACUGAGGUCCGCCCUCUAUCGAUACGAGGAGCAGAAGUUGAAGGAAGAUCAGAUUAAAGAAAAAAUGAGAGAGAAGGCAAGGCUUCGCGCAGAGCAGGAAGGCGUGGACUAGACAUCUAUAACUGACCAAUCAAAGGCUAUCUUCACUUUUAUUCUUGCUACAGACUACAAACAUAUAUUUUCGCACUAUCACGGGUCAUUUUGAAUGCCUUCAAUUUUCUAACGAAAUCGGUGCGAUGUGAUAUCAAGCAUAAUGGCGAGACGGUGCUUGUCUAAUUUCUGUAAAUAUGCAAAGUUGUAUUGUGUAAAUUUAUUUGCAUUUGUGAUUUUGACUGGUCUUAUCACAAUGGUUCAUAAAUGUAUCAUUCAUUUUAUAAUAUUAUUAAUAAUAAUAAU